AUGCCUACCAUGUGGUUAUCAGAUUCGCAGAAGGUCGGUGUCGCCUUCUGCUCCGGUGGCGCCUUCUUCCUCAUCUUCGGCGUCUUCCUCUUCUUCGACCGUGCCAUGCUCGCCAUGGGCAACAUCCUCUUCCUCAUCGGUCUGACCGCCAUCAUCGGCCCAGCCAAGACACUCCUCUUCUUCGCGCGCCGCCAGAAGCUGAAGGGCACUGCGGCCUUCGCGGCUGGCAUCCUGCUCAUCUUACUGCGUUGGCCGCUGAUCGGGUUCCUGGUCGAGCUGUACGGCAUCUUCAUCCUCUUUGGCGACUUCAUCGGCACCAUCCUCGGCUUCAUGCGCAAUAUCCCCGUCAUCGGUCCGUACAUUGGGAUGGUUGUGGAUCGUGUGCCAGGACUGGUCAACGAGUCGCCGCCAGUUUGA